AUGACGGAGACGGCGAUUGUGAGCCGGGCUGACAGGAGUACGUACAGCGGCGAGUGGAGAGGGGGGACCUAUGCAGACUUGGAGGAAGCGUUUUCUUUCUGCGCAUGCGACUCGAGUGAUUUGUCCUACCUGCAGACCGUGGUAGUGCCACGCUCGUUCCGGUUGUUGGACGAACUGGAGAAGGGGCAGAAGGGACAGGUCGCGGAGGGCGUCUCUUUCGGCCUAGAAGAGGCAGAUGACAUUUCCCUGACGAGGUGGUCCGGCACAAUUUUUGGCCCGCCAGGAACGGCGUUCGAAAACAGAAUAUACUCUGUUAGCAUCACCUGCGGCCCGAGCUAUCCUGACGAGCCGCCUGAGGUUUGCUUCCGAACUCGAAUUAAUAUGCACGCUGUGGAUCCAAAAGGUUUGGUGCUGCGCAUUAGUUUCCCGCUGCUGAGGUCUUGGCAAAGACACUACACUUUGGAUCUUCUCUUGAACGCGCUUCGUCAGGAAAUGGCCGCUCCUGCCAAUCGAAGGCUUCCCCAGCCCCCCGAGGGGGACAUGUACUGA